GUAAACAUGUGAUUAUGAAAACAUUAGUAUUUUUGUAUUUUUAUAUUGAAACGUGAUAAAUACUAAAGUAUCCCUACUUAAUUUUGGUUGUCUUUAAAUAUGUAUUAGAUUGAUGAAAAUGUCGAUAAAUAUUUACAGAAUCAAUUUAUUUUCAAACAAACAAAAUUAUUCUUGGUUAACAGUUAAAAUGAAUUCGACUAUGGCAUGGAAGAAAGUUAUUGGUGUAAGAGCCCAAAAAUUUCAAUCUUACAAGCAAUUAAUUGUUGAAAAUUUGAAUUUAAAUCAUAACCAAGCAUCAUCUGUAUUGAGUAAAAAUACUCAUAUUUUAGAUAUACCUAAAGAAAGAAUAAUAAGAAAUUGUGCAAUAUGUCAGAUAGCAUCAUGGAGUACAUUUUGAUAACGUAGACGAUUCUAGUUGUCAAUUUUUAGAAAUGACUAAAGAACAAUUGGAAAAUACCAUUGCAAUAUUGAAGGAAAUGGGUGCUCAAUAUAUCAACACUUGUAUACUGAACAGCAAGACACAAAAUAUAAUUAUAAAAUUAGUCAAGUCAUAUUGUAAGAUUCCAAAAGAUGACGAUAUUGCUUCUAAACUAUAUUCGUAUUUGCAUCAACCUCCCAAAGAAGUAACUCCUUUAAAGCCUUUGGAUGAAAACAUGAAUGUAUACGAUUUUCGAAAAGAGUGUUUACUUCAUUACAUUCAAUGGCGAUUAGAGAUACCAGCAUCAAAAAUAAAACUGCAAAACAGAAUCAGAAAAAGAUUGAUACACAGAAGUUUUAAUAGUUUAAAACAAAGUUUCGAUUUUUUACAUUAUGAUAUUGGAUUGUCAAUUGGUGCGAUAAGAGAUCACAAUUGCUUAGAAGGAUGCUCGCCACCUGAGAUAAAUAAAAUUUUAGAGAACAUAGACUCUAUUUGUGGAAUUCCCAUUAGAAAAUUAUUUCUGUUUUGGCCCAGGCUUUCUAAAGCAAAAUAUGAUGGACUACUUGCUGUAAAAAAACAUUUAGAACAACAUCAAUUUACUCAGAUUCAACUAGAAAAUUGUUGUAAAGUAUUAUUACUAGAAGAAAAAAAACUUGAGUCCGGAUUACAAGUAAUACUGAAUACCCCGGAACUGAAAGUCUUAAUAAAUCAUCCUAACGUAUUACACAUUAUUUUGAUAAAAAACAGAAUAGAACAACGAUUAGAAUAUCUUAAUUAUUUAAAAAUUAAAGAUGUUACUGUAAAUGUGCUGCUAAAGACAAAUGAUUCAUUUGACAGGCUUAUCAAAUCUCCCUCACGGAAAUAUAAAUACAAAGAUAUAAUUGCAUUGGUAGUUAAUUAUUCACUAGCAGAUGCCUCUACGAUCAAAAAUCAUUUGAGUAAACAUCCUCAUUGGAGACAUGUAGAUCUAGUAACAGUUCACGAAACUUUAAAAUAUCUCACAGAAUUAUUUGAUUCUGCUGAUAUUUUUGACAAUUUGACUUUGAUUUUUUAUCCACGAAAUAUCAUCCGAGAUACAGUAACGAAAUUAAAAUACAUCAAUCGUUCAUUAACAUCAGCCGACCGUUAUGCAGUACCGCAAAUAUUGGCACUAUGCGAGUAUGAAAUUGAAAAAGAUUUUCAUUUUAGUGGAAACGGAAUAUGGGAACGCAUCGAACCUAAUUCUAAAAAUCCGGAACAAAUAAAACAUUAUGAUAACAAAGAAUUGAUUAAUUAUUUACCUAAAGAUUCAAUUAAGAAUCUAAGUAAUUUUCAAUUUGUUAAUACAACAAAAUAAAUACAUUUUGAAGUAA